AUUCGCCAACAACACAGGCAACAUUAUACAACUAAUAUUCAAAAUCAGAAGAACUAGUAUUCAUCAACAACACAAUCAACAUUAUACAACUAAUAUUCAAAAUCACAAGAACUAGUAUUCGUCAACAACACAGUCUACAUUAUACAACUAAUUUUCAAAUCACAAAUCACUAGUAUUCAAUAGAUUGAAGGUUACGGUAACAACUACUUUUGGAUUCAACCAUAUUUACUGAUUCUAAGCAAGAACUGAUUCUAAGCAAGAACCCAAAAACUUGGUCAACAAAAAAUUCACAUAUCUCGCCCACACAAGACACAUUCUGAAGAAUACCCAUGAGAAUCGAGUCGAUUUUGAAGGUGUACUGAAAAAACCCUAAACGCGUAUUCAGUGAACCCUAAACACUCAAGAAUGAAGCAAAAAAGGGGAUUCAAGGCAAAACCCCACAGCUAGAAAGAAAAGGACAGAGAGAAUCGUCCUCACCGGUAUUAAUAGGCGAGAAAGGUCAGCCGAAAUACAAAGAACUCGAGGAAGGACGAUUCUUCCUCGUCAAAGCUCUCCUGGUUAUCGACUGGGCUGCUCGUCGCCGACAAGAGAAGGACGAUUUCUUCCGCGCUUUUCUUGUUCCGGUGUUCCUCGCUUUUCUUUGUUUUUGGGAGGGGGUGGUCUGUGUUGCUCUGGUUCGACGAGAGCAAAACAGAGAAAGAAAAACGGAGAAAGAAGAAGAAUAGAGAAAGAAGGAGCAGAGAGAAGGAAGAAGAGUGGAGGAGGAGACAGGAAUCAGGGUUUUUUUUUCAAUUUCAAAACUCCAACUCGAUGACCCCACCACCUUUCCCUCCCUUCAGUUUUUGGCUCGGCUCAGCCGGCUUCACUUUUCUCCUUUCCUCUCUUACGCCCAGCUCGCUCAAUCAUGACCGACCGUUACUGGCUUGGCGAUGUGGCCCUCUCCCCGCCGUGUGAGUUGGCGCACACAAAAUUUGAUGUGUGUACCAUAGCGAAAUUGUGGGGAAGAUUUUCAGGCAAAGCUCAGAAAUCGCGGGCUCAAAACGCGCCGGCUGAUCGUCUCCGCCGCCGCCGUCCUUCACACUUUCCUCCGCUCCUCUCGCGGGCGCCGCCGUAAUUGUUGGUCUACUAGUCGACUACUACUACUUCUUAGAAUCUCUGUCGCCUCAGACCAGAUAGUGCGUGGAAUCGCCGAAAUCGUGCGGGGGAGGGAAACGCAAACGCCGGUAGAUCGGAGGAGCGCUCGUCUCUUUUUCCGACCAUCACCACCUCUCCGCCUGAUCUGUUUCCGUCUCUGUCGAUCCGUUGCUGUUCAUUCUCCGCGUUUGUGAGGACGUCGGUGAAAACCCUAGGUAUUUUGUUCUGUAGGUAGGGUUUGUGGAAUUGUUGUUGUAUUCAGUGUACUGGAAUCGAUUUGCAUGAAGGCAUUGUUUCUGCAGUGUACUGGAAUCAGGAGGUAGAUGAAUCCCCUUAAGUGUUCAUUCGUCACUGGCUGGGAUAUGAGCUGAACUCUUCCUCCGUUUUAGUUCCAACCCUUUAUUAGUGGGGAAUUAUCAAAUCUUAUCACUUCCAAAAUGCAAUAUGACAAAGCACAUCUCACGACUACUGAAAUGUUCGAACUAAGAAUGUCUAGUAUUGUACAUAUCUGAGGUGUGGGAAAGCAAGAUUACUCCACUUACAUCUUUUGUAUUCCCAAACUUUUCUUCUUUCUAAAUUCUAACCACAAUCUCUUGUCUUGUUUGGUGAAAGCAGCAAGCAAUCAUGGCAUCUAACGACAAUUUUACUGACAAAGACGCAGUGUUUAGGAAACUCAGAGGAAAAUCUGAGAACAAAAUGUGUUUUGAUUGUAAUGCAAAGAAUCCUACGUGGGCUUCUGUAACCUAUGGGGUCUUCCUCUGCAUCGAUUGUUCUGCUAUUCAUCGUAGCCUUGGUGUGCAUCUGACUUUUGUAAGGUCCACGACUUUAGACUCAUGGACGCCAGAGCAGUUAAAGAUGAUGACUUUUGGUGGAAAUAACCGUGCAAAUGUGUUCUUUAAGCAGCAUGGCUGGACAGAUGGGGGUAAAAUUGAGGGAAAAUAUACAUCUAGAGCUGCAGAUUUGUAUAGGCAAAUUCUCUCAAAGGAGGCUGCAAAAAGCGUGGCCGAAGAUGUGGCCCUGCCAUCGUCGCCAGUUUCUUGUCAGUCUGCUGAAGGCACAAAUGGAUUGCUUGAUGUGACUAUAACUGACUCUUCUAAAGAAACAUCAUUAGAAAAGCAGGAAACACCUGUGGUAGCUACUUUGUCAGCACCCCCUUUAAAAGUCCAUCCAGUAGUUACCACUUCUACAGUCAAGAAGCCUCUUGCAGCAAGGAAAACUGGGAAGACUGGGGGUCUUGGUGCCAAAAAGCUCACUACAAAGCCAAAUGAAAGUCUCUAUGAUCAGAAGCCUGAAGAGUUACCUCUUCCUGUUCCAUUGUCUUCGACUGGCAACCCAAAAUCUGGGGCAUCUCUUACAUCUCGUUUCGAGUAUGUAGACAAUAUCCAGCCCUCGGAUAUGGUUCCUGGUGGACAACGAGUGAUUAGCCAUGUUUCUGCACCAAAGUCAUCAAACUUCUUUGCAGAUCUUGGAAUGGAUAGUGGUUUCCAGAAAAUAGGGAACUCAAGUUCCUCUAGAGUGCAAAUUGAGGAGACGGAUGAAGCUAGGAAAAAGUUCUCAAAUGCCAAGUCGAUUUCAUCAGCUCAAUUUUUUGGCGAUAAGAAUAAAUCAGCUGAUGUUGAUGCUCAAGCUUCUUUGGAGAAAUACUCGGGUUCUUCAUCCAUCUCAAGUGCGGAUCUUUUUGGUCGCAGCAACGACAAUGCAACCAUCGAUCUUACUGCAAGUGACAUGAUCAACCGGUUAUCUUUCCAGACACAACAAGAUAUUGCCUCGUUGAAGAACAUCGCUGGAGAGACGACGAAGAAGCUCAGCUCCUUAGCAUCGUCAUUGAUGACAGAUCUUCAAGACCGAAUCCUUUGAUAUGAAAUGCACAUUUCAAAACACAUCUGGAAACCAUAGGAAAAAGUCCUGCUUGCUGCCAUUUGGUAUGUGGUGGGAAGCCAAGUAUAAAGACACCAAAAAAUAGUGAGUUGAGAAUGUUUGAAGUUCCCAGAGGAUGUAGUUUUAUUAAUUUUUGAACCGUUGGUCGGGAGAUUUGUAUAGUGAGAAGCCAUCUUUUGCUGUCUGGUGUGUGUUUUGUGGGGGGGAAAUCCAUGUUUGUGACGUCCCAUGAACUAGAACGGUUGGUGGCAUAUGUAGCAAGUUCUUUGUACUACCAUCAUCUGAAAAAAUAAGUCCUUGUACUCUUGUCAUUAUCCAUUUCAAGCCCUUUCAUGGAAAAAUUAACCCUAAUUCUCAAAUUCGCCAUCUUUAAGACGUUUCCCCCUUCAUUGCGAUACCAACGCAUGCAUUGUUACAGAUCCCUAACUAGCCAAGCAGUGCAAGGAAAUAUAUAAGCCACUUGCAAGAUGUGAUCUAGCUAGGGCAUAAUAUAAUAAUGACAGUGCAACAUUUAAGUUGGUUCAUGUAUGUGUGAAGAGCAGAUGAUUUAUUUCCUAAUGCUGUUUAUUAGGGAGGGCAACAAGGUGGCCCUUUUCCUGGAGGGAUUUGACAGUUUCAUACAAGCAUUGCUUCACUGGUGUGAACUCCAACCCUAGCUCCUUCAGCUUCUGGCAGUUGAACUUGUGUGGUUUUGCUCUUGGGUUCUUCUCAUCCGAGCACCUGCAUGUAUUAUCAGUUUCAAAUAUACAUCAUCUCAUGCAUAUUUACAUAUGAUCAAGUGAAUUACCAAUGCAAAUUGGAGAUUUGGCUCUGUUUUCAGAACCGGACUGGAGGCUGGAUCGGAAUAGUUAGUGGUUUAGGAUUCAGUGGUCAACUGUUACGAAAUCGUGGGUUCACCUUUGAUAGAAUCGUUCAUGAUAUAUAACAUACGAGACUUGUAUAUGACACUAAUAUAAGAAUGAAGUAAUUAUUGACUAUAAACAAUUUCAGAUUCAUAUCAUCACCAAAAUAUCUAAUAAAUCAUUCAAUCCGUCUCACAAAAGAAAUUAUAUUUUCUUAAUUCAAAAUUUAAAUUACGGUGCAAGUCAGUAGUGGACCACGUAAAGUCGACAACAAGAUUGGAAAAUAAGAAGGGAAAGCAGAUACAAAAUUAAUAAUCAUGAUUUGA